UCCAUGUAAUUCUCAUUGAUUCUUUUCAGGCUUGUCUGCUUGAAAAAUGAAUAUCAUGAAUCUUGCAACAACAUUGUGCAGACGAGUUAACCUUAGAGAGUUGGUGACACAUGUACCUGUGUACAGUGGCCUAAAGGAUGCUUCUGGAGGAGGAUUGAGCUUCAUUAGCAGGCGCUGGGCCACGAAAAAGACUGCUGGAUCUACUAAGAAUGGCCGAGACUCAAAUCCCAAGAAUCUUGGAGUGAAGAAAUUUGGAGGGGAGAGGGUGAUACCUGGGAACAUCAUAGUUCGUCAGCGAGGCACUCGUUUCCAUCCUGGGAAUUACGUGGGGAUGGGAAAGGAUCACACUCUUUACGCUCUGAAAGAAGGGUGUGUCAAAUUUGAACGUCACAAGUUGAGUGGUCGCAAGUGGGUGCACAUUCAUCCCAAGGAAGGCCAUGUUCUUCACCCUAUCUACUCAAAUGCUGCUGCCUCUUAGAUUAAGACGGCUGCUUGAAGUCACAACAUGUUGAGAUUACCAUAGGACAUUGGUUGUAAUACUUGUGAGUUAAGCUUCUUCUUCUUCAUCUUUGUGAACCCUUACCAUAGAGCCUUUUGUUUAGACACUUACAGAGGGUUUUCUCAUGAUGUCUCAGUUCUGGAUGUGCAAAAUAUUGAAAUUAUAGUAGCUCAAUUUUGGUUUU